CGGAUCGAUGGCGCUUCCCGGGAGGCCGGAUCCCGCUGUGCCGCCGGGACCGUGCCGGGAGCGGCCCCAGUUACCAUGGAUAUGGCUGGGCUGCCUCUCCUCAGGAAACCGUUGGGGAGGAGAGCUUGAGUUCCAAAGUUUGUUGUUUUUGUUUUUUUUUUUGUCCUCCGCCAGGUUUUGCUGCCAUGAAUCCCGACCAGCCCUGAGUCCCUGAGGGCGGGAUGGCUGAGCAGGAGGCCAAGUACAGCGUCCUGCGCGAGGUGGGGCGCGGCAGCUACGGCGUCGUUUACGAGGCCGUGGCCAACCGAACCAAGCGGCGCGUGGCCGUCAAGAGGAUGCCCUGCAACGCCCCCGAGAACGCGGAGCUGGCCCUGCAGGAGCUCUGGGCCCUGCGGAGCGUCCGGCGGCAGCACCAGAACGUGCUGCAGCUGGAGGAGUGCGUCCUGCAGCGCGGCCGCCUCUUCCAGCCCCUGGAGGAGCGCGGCUCCGGCAGCCACCUGCCGCUGGUGGAGACGUGCCUGACGGGCCGGAGCCGCGCGGAGCCGCGCUCGGCCUGCUCGCUGUGGUUCGUCACCGAGUUCUGCGAGGGCGGCACCAUGAACGAGUUCCUGCUGGCGCGCAGCCCCGACGCGCGCCUCAACGGCAGCUUCAUGCGGCAGCUCAGCAGCGCCGUGGCCUUCCUGCACCGCAAGCGCAUCGUGCACCGCGACCUCAAGGCCGACAACAUCCUGGUGGCGCACGGCCGCGCCGGGCCCGUGGUCAAGGUGGCGGAUUUCGGGCUGAGCAAGGUGUGCGGGGGCCGGGGCAGCGUGAACCAGCUGUGCCUCUCCUCGGCCUGCGGCUCCAACUUCUACAUGGCGCCCGAGGUGUGGGAGGGGCACUACACGGCCAAGGCCGACGUCUUCGCCCUCGGCGUCAUCUUCUGGGCCAUGGCGGAGCGCAUCACCUUCCGCGACGGCGACUCCGAGAAGGAGCUGCUGGGAACUUACAUCUGCCAAGGCAAGGAGCUGAUCCCGCUGGGAGAAGCCCUGCUGGAAAAUCCCAACCUGAAGCUCCAGAUUCCUCUGAAGAACAAGGAAUCCAUGCCUGAGGACCUCUGCCAGCUCCUGCAGCACAUGCUGGCCUCCAAUCCCAGGGAAAGGCUGGAUGCUUUCCAGCUGGAAGUGCAGAUCCAAAGGAUUUCCUACGGGAAGAAGCGCCAGCGCUCCGGCUCCUAG